AAACUUCGCAUCAUCUUUGUAUGAAGUACGGUAUCCGGAACCAAUGCCAUUCUGGCGUUUUGGAGGGUGGCCUUAUGAUGUAGCACCGGAGGCAAACGUCCGGAUCGUGGAAGGGCAUCACAAGAAGUAAUCAUGUAUAGAUUUUUAUUGCGAACAGUAUGCACGGCUCGAACUUCUUCAGCCAGUGUAUUCGAGUCGUGUGUGUUGCCAUCUAAAUGUGACAACUCUGGAGCUCCUCUGUUAAGGGUUGCCAAUGGAGGUGGAGUCAAAGCCCUCAGCACAACCUCAGUCAGACUCUGUGAAAAGACAAAUGAUGGCGCCAAUUCUAAUCAAGUUGACAAAACAAAACCUUUAGAUGUCGAUGGCGAGCCAGCAGAAGCUCCAACUGUUGUUACAUCGAAAGCUGAGGAGGACAGCGACAUUAUGAAGGUGGAGGUUAAAAUCGAGCCUGUCAUGGCAACGCCCAAACAAGUGACGACUGAACCAGCGAAGAGUGGAAAAGAGAGUCUCCUCGACCUUCUCGGGGCCAUGAAGGUAGACGUAACUAAUAAGAGGAAGCUGAAAAACAAGGUAGUUCAGUCAAGUUAUGAGUCUACACCCAAGUCAAAGCCAGCAGCUAUGGAGAGCACCAUCAGUAUGUUUCAGAAGGCCACAGAGGAGGCUUCAUUGCAGAGAGAGGCACUGGAUCCUGAACUGGUUGCAGCUGCGUCUGCGGCUGCCUCCACUCUGCCUGACCGCAGCCAAGCAGAGUCCGAGCUGCUGCGGCAGCUGAGGGAGCACGAGACCAUCACUGAGGCUCAGAAGAAAGGGGACAUGAACCACCUCGGAGGGAUCAUCGCUAACAUGAAAGUAGGAAAGAAUCCCAACCGACAGAAAACCCGGCCAUCAAAUCAGAUCCGAUUUGAUGACGACGGGCAAGGAUACACGCAUGACCGAGGAGUCACCGCUGAGCUGGACGGGAUUCGGAGGAGGAUAAACUUGUUCUCGGGGAGAAGACUUAACAUCUUCUCUCCCGCUACUGAUGAAGAUGGAGCCGAAUCAACAGUUGCACGGCCAACUCUAUGGGACAUGGACUUUGCUAAUCAGUUGUCACUGUUGACAAACCAAUCCCCCCGCAACGGACUUGAGGAAAUGAUACAGUGGACCAAAGAAGGGAAAAUGUGGCAAUAUCCAAUCAACAAUGAAGUUGGCCUUGAGGAGGAAGCCAGUGUGCCGUUCCAUGAGCAUAUCUUCUUAGGGAAGCACCUGGAGGAGGGUUUCCCCCGGCAGGGACCAGUGCGUCACUUCAUGGAGCUUGUGGUGGCCGGCCUUUCCGGGAACCCUUUCCUCACAGUCCAACAGAAGAAGGAACACAUUUUCUGGUUCCGAGACUACUUCCAACAGAAAGAGGAAGUCCUCAAGGAGGCGGACGUUUACCUCAAAUGAGUUUAGGACAAUCCGCAUACGUUUUCAACAUUUGUUGAGGGUGGACACAUUAAACUUAGUCCUGUUUACUCAGUGGGGCUUUGCAUUUGUGAUCUUUUUCACUCAUACGGGUUGGAUUUCUUGACUCUUCCUGGAGGCCUAUGAGGGAUGACUGGCACCAAGUCUGUACUGCUGGCAAACAUUGGACACUAUGUUCUGUCUCUAUUGUUCAGACUACAGAGCAAUUGUUGCAAUGUUGCUCUAAAGGGGCUUGUACAAAGUACUAUACUAACAACAUAAACAACAAAAGUACAGGACUGGCUUGAUUUUUGUUGCUUAUUUCAUUUGUUCAGACAAUAUUUGCAUAAUCCAAUGUCAGCGCGGACAGUGACACUUUUACAAGAACAAAGAGGAUUUUCUGUCCGGAUUAUUAAAUAUGUCCCAGAAAUAA